AUGCUCCCAGGAAGGGCCUGUCCUAGUCAGCUCUGUCCUAACACUGCAGCAUACACCUGGCUGAAACUGAUAUCUGACAACAUGAAGGCACAGAUCUACAAACUUGCCAACAAGGGUCUGACAACCACACAAAUCAGUGUGAUCCUCAGAGACUCACAUAUUGUUGCACAAGUAUGUUUUGUGACAAGCAAUAAAAUCUUGAGCAUGCUUAAUUUCAAAGCACUUGCACCUGAUCUUCCUGAGGAUCCCUACCAUUUAAUUAAGAAAGCUAUUGCUGUUUCAAAACAUCUUGAGAGGACCAGAAAGAAUAAGGAUGCUAAAUUCUUUCCGAUUUUGAUCAAGAGCUGUAUUUACCAAACAAAUCCUUCCUCUCAAUUGGAAAUAUGAGACAUCCACAUCCAA